UGGGAAGCCCUGCCCCCGGCAACUGAGCUGUGGCCCCGCACAAAGAGUUUCUCAAACUCAUUGCCUUGGGGCUAAUGUUUUGUCACGGCAGUGGGGUGGAUGUGCCCCUGCGAAGCUGACGGGCGUUGCAGGGAGUGCUCUGUCUCGGGUGCUGUUGAAUCAGGAGCAGCUCUGCUUAAAAAGGAACUUAAGUGACAGCGGUGACAGUCCUGGAGCGGUGUCGGUGUCCUUCAUUGCUCUCUGCCGAGUGGUUUUACCUUGCUCAGUGCAAGAGUAUCAGGUUGGGCAACUUUAUUCUGUGGCAGAAGCUAGCAAAAAUGAAACAGGAGGUGGUGAAGGAAUUCAAGUCUUAAAAAAUGAGCCUUAUGAAAAGGAUGGUGAGAAGGGACAAUAUACUCACAAAAUCUAUCAUUUAAAGAGUAAAGUUCCUGGUUUUGUAAGGAUGAUUGCCCCAGAAGGCUCCCUAGUGUUCCACGAGAAGGCUUGGAACGCGUAUCCCUACUGUAGAACAAUUGUGACAAAUGAAUACAUGAAAGAUGACUUCUUCAUAAAAAUUGAGACCUGGCAUAAACCAGAUCUGGGGACAUCAGAGAACGUGCACAAUUUAGAUCCAAACACAUGGAAGAGUGUUGAAGUUGUCCAUAUUGACAUUGCAGAUAGAACUCAAGUAGAACCAGGAGACUACAAAGCUGAUGAAGACCCCGCGUUAUUCCAGUCAGUUAAGACGAAGAGAGGACCUUUGGGGCCAAAUUGGAAGAAAGAGCUAGCAACUGACGAAGAGUGUCCCAAAAUGUGUGCUUACAAGUUGGUGACUAUCAAAUUUAAAUGGUGGGGACUGCAGAACAAGGUUGAAAACUUUAUACAAAAGCAAGAAAAAAGGAUAUUUACCAACUUCCAUCGCCAGUUGUUCUGUUGGAUUGACAAGUGGAUUGAUCUGACUAUGGAAGACAUUAGGAGAAUGGAGGACGAAACCCAAAAGGAGCUGGAAGCGAUGCGUAAGAAGGGUUCCGUUCGAGGCACUUUGGCUGCUGACGUCUAGAGGAGUACUCUGUAGGUUCUGAGGCAAAUCAAGCUGUUUACGUAAUCAAGGCCAAGUCCGAGGAACAAGUGCUGCCAAUGAUGAAUGAUGAUGGAUUUAACCGUCACAUGCAGUGUUGAUAUACAAAUGUGUGUGUGGAUGCAUGAUUAUUUGUAUAUAAUUAUAUAUACGCACAUGCAUACUGAAGGGGUUGUUAAGUGUCUCCAGGGUACCAUAGCUGUCCUCAGCAGAGAUUCAAAGGCAACUGCUUUCAUUACGUAUACCUGAAGCAAAUAAAAAUCAACUGAGUAGUGUCAUUUAAAGGAUGAAUUAACUGCAGAAUUACGCUAACUGGUAUGUUUCAUGAAUGUCAAUACUGGACCAAUUUAUUCCCUACUUGUUGGUUUGUUUUUUUUUUUCCCCCCCUGUCCUGAGUCACUCUGCUAUAACUUUUGCCCAUAUCUCAUUGUAAAGAACCAGAUUCAAAUAAGUUCAUUUCAGUUUUGUGUCUUCCCCAUGUGAUUAUUUUUGGAAUAGGAACAAUGAAUGUAUUUAUAGCUAUUUAUUUCUGGAUUGUCAUUAUCCUGUAGUCAAAUCAGAAAAAAAAAAUUUAUUAGUGGAAAUUGGAAGACUUUUACUGUUGAAUAAGUUUAACCCAAACUUUACCCAUUCACUGAUUUAAAAGAAAAAAAAAUCAUGUUUUAUUGGACUUUUGUACAUUGAAAUGCUAAUGUUUUUUCUUCAUUAAAAUUGGCAAGAUUAAGGAAAAAUGGCUUGUGAUUUGUAAAGUACUCGCAACUUGAAAUUUUCCAGAAGCUGGCUUUUUAGACAAAGAUACUGACAAUAUGUGCAGAGCCUCUCCAAUAGGUGCUAGGCUGUGCGGUGGCAGUGAUGAGGAUGACAGCCCUUCCCUAAAGCGAUGCUUCCUGUCCCCGAAACCGCCGUGUUCCAGAGCUCCACUUGGAAGCUAUGCAAAUGGUCUUGAGUUCACACACAUUACGCGAUGGGAUAGAAUGGUGAUUUUAGCUCUUUUCAUGUUGAAAAUACACUUUAAAAGCGAUGUAUACUUUCAGAUACGAUGAAAGUUUAAAUUGUAGCAUCUGACGUGUUUCUCUGGUGUCUGUUAGGAGUAGGCACAUAAGGAGGUGCAAAGAAGACCUCCUGUAGGUAACCCUCAAAUAGGGAAAAGGUCUUUGGCAUUUUUUAAGGAAACAUUCAGAGCAUAUCAUAAUAUCUAUUAUCAGAACGCUUGCUAGAUCAGAAACAGGUUAUUUUAAAAACGCUUGUUAGAUGAAGUUCUGUCGGUGCCUGGUUUCCUCCCAGCAUCCCCAGAAGCCUCGGCGGGGCAAGCCUUGCUUAAGCUUCCAUCUCGCGUACACCCAAGAAUUUUGGGCUCACUUUGCACCUCCUUUGCUCACAAAAGGAGUGACCUGAUUUCCAUUAUGGGCAGUGACAAAAUUUUCCUGAACUUCCAGGGAGGGCCAGGUCUGCCGUAGGCCUCACGCUGCUGGGGCAGCUGGGGGCUGCGAGCGC